GUUCUGUUGGGGAAUGAGCGGAGUGAGUGAAACAUAGGACUGAUGUACUCAAGUGAACCUGUAUUACUGAGGAGGUGUGCUGCUGUGUUCUGUAACUCUUGCAGAUUUUGCAGGGCAGAAGCAUUCAAGUCUAAAUACAUUGGAUUGCGAUGAUUCAAGCAAGAGUUAAUGAUGGCCUAUGCGAUUGAGGCCAAAUUGUAAAUACAAAUGAUGGGAUGUAGCCUUACCAGAUUAAGGAAAUGGAGGAAAAAAACCUUCUUCGCUGCCAGUCUGAUCAAAAAUCUCAAGAAAUCCAUCAGCUGCAAGAAGAACUGAAAACAGCUAAACAGUUUCUGAAGGAGACCCAGAAUUAUGCGGAAGAGAUGAAAAAGAAGAGUUUGUCUCAGGAAAUACAAUUAGAAAAGAAAGAAGCUGAGAUUCGGGAUUUAGAGGGGAAAAAUCAAGAUUUGACUGAGGAACUUGAGAAAGUGCAGUCAGAGUUGCAACUUAAACAAGCUGAGAUCGCUCAUCUCCAAAAUCUAUCUGCAGCCGAGUUGGCUUGUUUAAAAAAGGAAAUAGUAAACAUCAAGGCAGAGCAAAAGAAACUUCAAGAGCAACUUAACAACUCGCUUCAAGAAAAUGAGCAACUGAGCAAGGAACACACCUCACUUGGUGAAGAGCAUACCUGGAAGACAAGAUGCCCCCAGGGUUAUGGUGGGUCACUCAGAAAAAAGAGCGUCCAGCUUUCUGAACCGCACACCUUGUGCUGUACCGUUUUUCAGUAUGUCAGGUUGACCGUAACUGACUGA